GCUACUGAACCAGAAGUGCAGGCUGUGUCCCGUCCGCUGCAUAAAAUGCAGUGAAAAUUAUUUAUGAAGAGUCGUUCGAGGUAUUUAACGGACUGUGUUUUUAAUGUCAUACGUCACAUUUAAAUACACACAGAUGUAAAACGGAAGUAAGCGACGUGUUUGCUUGUCGGAGGGUAAAACUAAUAUUGUCACCGGUUAUUCGUGGCUGCUGUUGACAAGUCCAAAGUUCAUCAAUGCAGGCUGAACAAAAACUCACUGACCAGGUUCCAAUGGCAUCUUGUCCCUCAACAGUCCCUCACUACUGUCCCAGCAAUGAACUGUGGAAAGCCCCGAACACAGACUAAAGAAUGGCAAGGUUUAGGCGCAGAUCUUGCAUCACAUUAAUUGCUUUGGUGUUGCUUGUCCUCAUCAUAACAGUGGUCUUGAAAGCGCUCACACCAGAGGACUCUCCGUUCAGCAGCCCUGUCGGCGUCCAGCUGUUUGCCGACAGAAAGAAUGACAAUCAGGUCCAGAGAGAAAACAACAAUAAACCUGACCAGAUCAAAAUGAAUGACUUUGCUAAGUCGGACAAGGAUGAAGAACUGGAGGCAACGCUGAGGAAGUUUCCUCCUCCAAACUACUAUCUCCAUGCCUUCUACUACACCUGGUAUGGGAACCCCAAGUUUGAUGGCAAAUAUGUCCACUGGGACCAUCCUCAGCUUCCACACUGGGACUUCAAGGUGGCUCAGGGGUAUCCACAAGGGAGACACAGUCCACCUGAUGACAUUGGGUCCAACUUUUACCCCUCUCUAGGAGCUUACAGUUCCAGGGAUCCCUCCAUUAUAGAGGCUCAUAUGCAGCAGCUACGUACAGCAGCUAUUGGUGUCAUUGCUGUUUCUUGGUAUCCUCCUAAUUUCAAGGAUGACAAUGGUGAACCAACAGAUGACAUUGUGCCUUUGCUGCUGGAAGUGGCACAGAAAUACCAUAUUAAGGUAGCUUUUCACAUUGAACCAUACAAAGGGAGAGAUGAAGUCAGUAUGUUCUCUAAUGUCAAAUACAUCAUAGAGAAAUAUGGAGAGCACCCUGCUUUCUUCAAGUACCGUACAAACACUGGCAAGCUUCUUCCACUCUUCUAUGUGUAUGACUCAUAUCUGAUGAACUCUGAGCAGUGGGCCAAACUGCUAAAACACACAGAGAGUAACAGCAUUAGGGAUACCCCAUAUGAUGCCAUCUUCAUUGCCCUUCUGGUAGAGGAGAAACAUAAGAGGGAUAUCCUGACAGCAGGUUUCGAUGGUGUCUACACCUACUUUGCUACCAAUGGGUUCUCCUAUGGGUCCACCCAGCGGAACUGGGACUCUAUUAAGGCGUUCUGUGAAGAUAACAACCUGAUAUUUAUCCCAAGUGUGGGCCCAGGUUAUAUUGACACAAGCGUUCGACCCUGGAACUUCCAAAACACUCGAAACCGCAUCAACGGCAAAUACUAUGAGACCUCGCUCAGUGCCGCAUUAGAAGCCAGGCCUGAUUUCAUCUCUAUAACAUCUUUUAAUGAAUGGCACGAGGGGACUCAGAUUGAGAUGGCAAUUCCCAAAACGAGCCAGACUGUGUAUCUGGACUACCUGCCCAACAAACCUGCAAUCUACCUGGAGAUAACUCGCAAAUGGGCUGCGAUAUUUGGUGGUGAGCGACGAAAGUGGCAGGAAUGAUCUGACUGAGAGCCGUAGCAAAUGUUUAUUCACAGUGGUAUCAAAUAAUUACUUAAAAACCAAAUGAAGUUCUAGUUGAAGAGUGGACAACAAAAUGCAAAUGCUGAAUAAUUACAUGAGGAAAGCCAAAUGAUUUGCAAAGCCACGGGCAAGUGAGCUUCUUCAUUAUCUUAAUUUUAGCUGCACUGGUGUAUGUUAUUUUUUACACUUGGGUGAAUUAUUGUUAAUUUAACUGAUGUCUUAUUACUUCUAGCUUACACAGCCUUGCACAUUUUGGGACUAAUAAUGUUACCCGCAUGUUUUAUCACUGUCUCCACUGUAUCCAGGUGAAACUGUGCGUAGGCAUGACUUGCCUUCCUGUAAUGUGUGACUAUAUUAAACCUCAGCAGAAAUAAAUAAAGUACACCCUGGAAAGGAUGGAAAGACACAAGUAAACAAAGCAGUCUGGUGGUACAAAGCUGUCGCCUCACUCUGCUUCCAACGCAGUCUCACCCCAAAAACAAUACAGGAAAAAGCACGACAUGCAUCUUGAAAUUUCAAAGGCAUGUCAAGCUAAACUCUUAGGAUGAAUCACAGUGAUGCAAACAGCAGGAUUGUAGGGCAGCACUUCAGUUAUUGAAACAGACAGCAACUCAGUGACAGAGUGGAGGGUAAAAU